CCCAAAGAUGACCAGUUAAUGUCCCAAACUCAAUUAGUGUGUACACAAUCCCAAUCUAGCUCUCAGUUUAUUACUGAUGAUGACUUGCUCUCUAAUCCUCUUAUCAUGCCUCUAGCUGAUAUACUUCAACUACAAGAGAUUUCAUAUUGUGUCACUGUGGCUGAAGUGGAAAAAGUUAACUCAACUAAGUUUGGUUGGUACUAUUUCGCAUGCUUCAAAUGUGGGAAGAUUGCCAAGGGUGACAAUCCUCCAUACACAUGCGAGUCUGGCCAUAAUACUGAGACAGAGAUUGUUAGGUAUAAACUUGACCUGAAUGUCUCCUAUGAGAAUACCAAAGGAACUUUUGUUAUGUGGGAUCGUGAGGCCACACAGCUUUUGGGCAUUUCUGCCGCUCAGCUCCGCACUAACAUGAUUCAGGCUGGGAUUACAAACCGACUUGAGUAUCCAAUGCUAUUGGAUGGCAUUGGUGAAAAGACAUAUGUCUUCAAGGUCAAGUGGCAGCCAAAGUGGAAGACAACUUCUGUUGUCUGUUACAGAGACGCUGAUGCUUUAGUUAAUUUGGUCAAGGCUAAAUUCCCCAAUGCCAAGGUUAUUCCUCUGCUAAAUGAAUCUGUUGGUGUUGAUAAGCCUAAUGAUAAUACCUCCUUGACUGAAGAAGUUACCAUGUCUGCUCAGGAGUUGUCUGGAACCGCAGAAAACGACCCUGAUACUUUGAGCCAAUUGACACCAAUUAGUGAUAAGCUUCAGCUGAAAUUGAACAAAGAUCCCUCCUUUGAUAUUCCUACACCUAUGACAUUGGUUCAACCAGUCAUGCUUCCUAAUCCUCCACUAUUUGAAGAAAUCAUUCCGGCAAAACAAUCUUCAUCCAAGAGGGUUAAGGUCAUCAAAACUGAAAAGAAGUGAAAGCUGUCUUCACAAUAUGACCAUAGCAACAACAACGUGCUUGCUGUUGCAUUCUCAUAUGCUUUAUUUCCAUACUAUAUUCUACUUUUAAAAUGUCCAACCAUUUACUACUUUUAUGCUGAUUUGUAAUAUUAUUAGUACAUGACAAUCACUUGGAAACAAACUUUUAAACAAGUGAUUGUACCUACCUUCC